AAGUGCAAACAAGAGCAGGUUCCGUUCACCAUCCCCUGAAACCGUGAAUACGAGUAGCUCUGUGUGGAAAACACUGACUGGUUGAGAGAAUGUCCACCAUUUGCCUCCUCCAAGAGAAGCACUUUCUGUGCUUCUUGUGCAGAGACAUCUUCACCAACCCAGUGACCAUACCGUGUGGACACAGCUACUGCUUGUCCUGCCUCAGCCACUACUGGGGACGGCACCAGGUCAAAUACUGCCCCGACUGCAGACGAGUGUUUCCUGACAAGCCUGACCUCAGUGUCAACCGCGUUCUGGCUGAUGUUUCUGAGAAGUACAGAAAGACUCGACCUCAGAGAGAACCGAAGGAGGAGAUGCUUAUAGAUGUUGAACAAAUGAUUCAGGAUAGACUGCAGAAGAUAGAAAGGCUAAAAAACUCUCUGGCCUCUCAAAAGAGCUCUUACCUCCGUGAGGUGCGGGAGAGCCAGAAGGUCUUCUCGGAGCUCGUGAGCUCCAUGGAGAGGACCCACAAAGCAGUGGUGUUUGCUAUCGAGGAGAAGCAGAGGGAGGAGGAGAGGAGAGUGGAAACACUGGUGAAAGAGCUCAAACAGGAGAUCCAGCAGCUGAGGAUGCACUCUGACGACGCCGAUCCUCUGGUUCCUGAUCUGACUGAUGACAUAAAACAAGUCAUAGCACCCUCAGAGAUGAUGGACUGGUCCAGGGUUACUGUAGAGACAGACCCUUGUGUUGGACUUACCAGAAGAGCCCUGUCAGACGUCCUGGAGAAAAUAAAAGCAGAAGUCAACAGGCUUUCUAAAGCUGAGCUCAAGAGAAUACAGAGAUAUACAGUGGACAUCAACCUGAGUUCAAAGACAGCCCACCCUUUUCUCGCUGUCUCGGACAACAGGAAACAAGUGAGGCACACAGACAAGCUCCAGGAGGUACCGGAUAACCCCAAACGCUUCGACCGCGUGGCCAACGUGCUGGCCAAGGAAUGCUUCAACGUGGGCAGGUUCUACUGGGAGGUGGAAGUCGGGGAAAAGAUCGAGUGGAACCUGGGUGUCGUCAGAGAGACCGUAAACAGGAAGGGCAAGUUCACCGUCUGCCCAGCCAACGGGUUCUGGACUGUAAGCCUGAAGGCUGGAGGCCAGUAUGUCGCCAACACAUCUCCGGUCAGCGUGGUGGCUCUGGAGCACCGGCCUCGGAAAGUGGGCGUCUAUUUGGACUACACAGAAGGCCGCGUGUCGUUCUUCUGUGCAGAGUCUGGAGUCCACAUCCACACGUUCACGGAUAAAUUUACUGACAGGCUUCAUCCGUUCUUCAGUCCCGGCCGACUUCACGGGGGCAAAAAUGCUGCUCCGCUCAUGAUAUCGACGAGUUUUUGUAACAUCUAAACAACUGUUCUUUUUAUUUAUCCUCUAAGUAUUUAAUCACUCUUGUCGAUUUAUUUAUUAAUUUGAAAAAUCUUGAAUGAACUACAUGUUUAAUGUCUGAACAAUAAAGAUGAAAGAGAGAAACAAA